AUGUUGGGAGUGUUUAGCAGCGCGAUUAUGUCGCCUCCAGAUGAGCUUGUGGCAGCGGGAAGCCGGACUCCAUCUCCAAAGAUAACGGCGGAUGCUCUGUUGAAGCGAUUCGUUGACACCAACUCGUCCGCCGUGUCGGUGCAGAUCGGAGACGACGCUCAGUUGGCCUUCACUCACCACAACGAGUCCAUGCUGCUCCCAAGAUCAUUUGCAGUCAAGGAUGAGAUCUACUGCUUGUUCGAGGGAGCGCUGGAUAACUUAGGCAGCCUAAGGCAGCAAUAUGGCCUAGCUAAGUCUGCGAAUGAGGUGGUUUUGGUCAUCGAGGCUUACAAGGCUCUUCGUGAUCGGGCACCUUACCCUCCUAACCAUGUUGUUGGUCACCUUAGUGGGAACUUUGCAUUCAUUGUCUUUGACAAGUCCACUUCCACCUUAUUUGUGGCUUCUGAUCAAUUUGGUAAGGUUCCUCUCUAUUGGGGAAUAACUGCUGAUGGAUACGUUGCUUUCGCCGAUAAUGCUGAAUUGCUUAAAGGCGCUUGUGGCAAGUCACUUGCUUCUUUUCCUCUAGGAUGCUUUUUCUCGACAGCCGUUGGAGAACUGAGAAGCUAUGAGAAUCCUAAAAACAAAAUCACUGCAGUUCCUGCCGAGGAGGAGGAGAUCUGGGGUGCUACAUUUAAGGUGGAAGGGCCAGCAGUUCUUGCAGCCACAGAAUAG